GACAAUAAUUCAUAUCGUUAUAAUAAUCUCAAAAUUUCUUUCGAUAAGCAUGCUAAUGUCUAUUACUCUAAUGACAAAGCAAACUGCAAAUAUUUCAUCCCGACACGUUUUUGUUUCAACAAUACGUUAUUUCCAGAAGUAAAUUUGUGACUUCGAACGACAUAUAAAGAAAAUGGACAUAAUGAAACCCAUUCCUCGAUCGAAUGCUAUAGGAUGGCAAUUCAUCAAUAAUCAAUGUGGGAUAAGAUCAAGAACUGAUUCGUUGUUGCUGAAGUCAAAGCCAGUAAAAAGAAUAGCACAGAGGACGAGAAUCCUGAACAAAGAAUUGAAAAAAAUAGCUAAAAUCAAGAGUUACAGUCAGUAUGUCAGAAUAAAAACAAAAAUAUUAAGAGAAGUAUCAGAAGAUGAGCUCGUUGAAGAGCCUGUUCAAAAUACCAGUGUAAGUAGAAUACAAACAUCUCCAGAAUCAAUCUCUGCAUAUUGGUCAAGCGACGAAAAUUUGUCUCAAAAAUUUGAAGAAAACACCAACCCUGGACAGAAGACAGAUCAUAAACCUGUCCAUGAAGACACAAUUAGUACAGAAGGAAAAAAUCAUUGGAAGACAAAGAAAAAUUUGAGUACAAUAUUGAAAAACUCAGAUCGAACAAAUCUUGAUAAACCAGAAACAGUCAACAACAUUAAUGGAUAUAUUGAUAACAAUAACAGAUCCUCAUCCAGUAUGAUAAAUGAAUCAAGAAUUUCAGUUGGAAAUGUUCCUCUUGGCGAUUCUGGAAUUGAUGACAAUUCUCAAGGCAACUCUUCGACUAGUAAUCAGGAUAACGAUGAUGGUACAGAACUCAGUGAUGGCACUCAGGCAGGUGAAAGGUAUGGAGAACAUUUAAACAAUUCACCAAAUUUGUUCACACAAGCAAAUAACAUACAAAUUGCUAAGGUAACUAGCGAGAAAUCGUUUUCCAAUGAGAAUGCGGCAGGAAAGUUUUUGCAGUCUGAUACAGGCAAUGAAGCAAUUUACGAAUCUUCAGAUGAAGAGGAACGAGAGAAAGAAUUAUCACAGACUAGUAUAGACAACGAUAAAGUAGAGGAAUCAGUGCUAGAGGAGGAAACAAUUGAGAAAUCAGUGUUAGAGGAAGAAACAAUGAAGGAAUCAUCACAGAUUGCUGAAAACGAUUUGGAAAUCGAAAAAUCCCUAUUCAAAGAAGACACAAUUGAGAACGCAUCACAACUUAACGAGAAUAAUGAUAAUAUGGGGAGCACUUUGUUAGAAGAAAAAGUGGCAAACUCUCCACAGUUUCAUGAUGAUGAUGUUGAGGGCCCUUCGACAGAAGAAACAAUUGAGAAACAUUCAUUGUCCGAUACGUAUGGCGAUGAAAUUGAUGAGCCCUUGGCAGAAGAACAGAUUAUAGAAAGUUUAUCGCAGUCCGAUAAGAACAACGAUGAAAGUGAGAAAAUCUUGAUAGUGAAUGAGAGUGCUCAAAACGUUUCUCAAUUUCAUGAUGUGAACGACGAUCAAAAGGAUGAUUCACGGACCAACAAAGAUGGCAUUGAAACAUCAUUGUACUCGGAUACACACAAUGAUUCAUUUAAAAAAAAAACACAACCAACAAUAAUGUGUUCAGAGAUCGUUACAUCUAAAUACACAAUAAUACGGAAAGAGAGUGAGAAGGAAAUAGACAUAGGAAACCAAUCGCGGGAGCUAGAAAUUGUUGAGAACAACAAUGAACUGACACAAUUCGAUGAAUUAUCGUCCGAAGCUGAACGAGUUAGUAAACUGAAACGUAUAAAUCUACUUUGCAGUGGAACGGAGAGUGACUCGAGCGCAGAUGAUGAUGAAUUCAAGCAGACUCCUGUUCAACCUGCUAUUAAAUUGAGUUCUCAAAUAAUCAGUGACCUCUCAGAUUCCGAAAAUUCGGACUCUUUAGCACUGCACAUCUCGGAUAGUGAAGACGAAAAAACCCUUCCAACAACUCAUAAUGAUGAACAAAAAAUUGAACCUUUGCAGAGCGGAAAACUCGCAAAUAAAUCAAUCAAAGAUCAAAUCAAAGAACAAGCUAUCAUCGAUUCAUCACCACGCAUUGAGGAAAAAACUGUGAAUAAUGAAGACACAGAAAAAGUUGAUGCAAAUGAUGAGGAAAAAAAUGGAAGUCCAGAGAAUCAUCAGGCUGAAAUUAAUGAAAAAAGAAAGGACAAUAGAUUGAAGAGAAAAAAACGAAGAAAUGAGGCAGAGACUCUGUAUGAGACAGAGUCUCUACAAUAUGUUUUGAACAACCUUUCCAGAAGAAACUUCAAUAAUGAGGAUAGUGUCGAGGAACGUUUACAAAACACAGAAGAAAAUCUGCCAAGACCAAUUGAGCUACACGAUUUCGUGGCAAGAGAAGAAUUAAUUCCUUCACACACAUCGUCCACUAUUACUCUCAAAGAUAUUACAAAGAUCGGUAAAGAGCGAAAUGGUGAUGAAGAAAUUUGGUUGAUGGAAAUUCCCAAAUCGAUCGUAACAGAUCCUGGUCUCUGCGGACAAAGUAUAGUUAUUGAGAAAGACGGAAUAAGGAUUGGAGGAACCAACUAUCAUGCUACACGCAAACAUAUCAAAGCAGUUUCCUGUAUUCUGCGUAAGAAUGACAGCAAGAAAACACGAUACAAGGCUGUCAACAUCAGACCUGUUUACUCAAUCAAUGUUCGUCACGAACGAACGGCGAAUGAAAACAUUCUACCGUUAAAAGCAUCUCCUCUAUCAAAAUCGGUGCCCUUCCCAAAAAAUGUAAAAUCACGUAAUCCGUUGUUAGUGGAAAAUAAAACCAGGCUCUCGUCUUCCGAGAAUACUAAUUCAAUCGCCGGUAACGAUAAAGAGAAGAGGCUAAAAGUGAAAAAGCGGAAAAACAGUUUAUGGAACAUGGACAACUUUAUUUCAAAGUCAAAACGAACAAAAGUCGAUCUUCUCUUAGCGAAUGGGUCGAAAAAUGGAGAUUUCUUCAACGAGUGAGGCUGCUUGAUGAUUCAUGCGAUUCUUGAGUUACGAACAUCCAAAGGCACUCAGCUGUAUCCCGUCUCGCGACAUCGAGAUACGUGUGAACGGAGAGUCCACAUUCGUUGCCGAAGAGAGUUAGCCACCACAC